GUUCUCGGUUUAUGUUUGUUUUCGCGGACAUUAAAACGAAGCGUUUGAUCUCGCCGACAACGAGCAACGAUCCUCAUAUCGCGCAUAAUCGACAGUUGCAUUUAUUCAUCGCGGCAUUUAUCAUAGUAUUUCGAACGGCGCAGCGAUUUUACGCUCUUUCUUGCUCCUACGUCUUCAUAUUCUUUCGGCUUUUAUAGAAAGGUUCUCGCUUUCGCUGGAGCUCAGUUAUUUACACCCUCUGAUGUUGUGACACUCCCAUUGAAGGCAAUCCCCGCGUAACUUCACGGAAUUUAAAUACCAAGCUGUGUUUUGGAAGUAGACGCUCGAUCGCGUUGAGUAUCUGUGGCAGGCAGUGGCGUGAGCCUCUGAAGUUUGUUACUGUUUAUUUUCGCAUCGAAAGGUGAUCGACAUGAGAGUUUUAUUCUCCAGGUUUUAUUUGCUUCGUGUUAUUGCGCAGGAGUUCUACUGAGCUGAGCCAGCUAUGGUGGUGUGACUUUGCCAGCCUUGGAAUCGCAGUUGAAAACAUCUAUUUUUUGCUCAAGAUCUUUAUUUCUUGUAUGAUUUAAAUAUUGACUGAUUUUUUUUUGGAGAAAAAGAUGGCAUCAUCUUUUUAAGACCUCACUAUUGAUCAAGUUGUAGCAGUUGUAUAAAAUUUGCCUGUUUUCAUACAAAGUCAAAGCAAAGGCCCGGAUUUUCACAAUUUUAUCACGGAGUGUGCGCUUAAUUGCACCAUUCGCAUCGGAGGAAUACACUCUUGAGUCCUGAUCAGAGGAGCUUUGUCAACUUUCACAGAGAGGAAUAGACUCAAAAAUCCAAAAUGGGAUUACUGGAUCAACAGAUAAUUUACAGGACACAUGUAUCCUUAUUUCAUAUAUUAUGUUGCUUUCUGCAACUUUCCUCCACCCUUGUGAGCAACACGUACCGAACCGAUGUGCUCACGAACCACGGGCACCACACCACGGCAGAGAUGCAGCUCCACCGCUGGGCCGUGGCGGCGAUGGAUUACCCAAGGACAUUGGACUGCACUGUAGUCCCGUUCAUAAGAGAACGUGAGUGCCUCCAGCUAGUGCAGCGGCCUGAAACGGAAAUGAACUUGUAUGUCGCGCCGCCUCGCCCCGGUGGCUAUCAUGCUGUGCUGCCUGACGGCGGACUGAGUGGCAGUGGAACGCACGAUGUGGUGCUCGCGAUAGACCCUUACCCACGAGCAAGUUUUGGCCAUCUCGUGAUAAUCUUCUUCCUCGAUUUUGAUUUAGAUCUUGAUUCGUGCCAAGACCGGGGCGGAAAAUAUCUUGCUAGCGGUGAAUGCCUUCAGCUGGCUGAGAAGCAGCGAUGUCGAAAUCGGUUAUGGCCUCGAAGUGGACGACGACGAUGCGACAUCAAUUUCUUGCCCCAUGUCUACUCCCCCUUUGACGAGACAAGAGAGCAGCAUCUUGUGUGUCGAGAUGACGCUAUUCUAGGAUUCGGGGCUUGCCCGACAUAUCGCAGUGAUGCAGCCAACUACUCAACAAACUGUGAGCUCAAUAAGAACACAAGACGAUGUGAAGUGCCAUCUUUGAAGGUUAAAGCAAGAUGUAAGGUCUACGAGAUCUGCGAUCAAGCAGUACUCAUCUCAGGAGGCUGGAACAGACAGACUAGUCUCCAGUCGUCGGCAGACAAUGUGCGAGACAUGUAUUCUGUCCUCAGGAAAAAUGGAUUCAGAAGACCAAACAUCAAAACAUUUUUUGCUGAUACCAGCAGUGUAUUAGGUAUUGAUGAAGAGGGAUCGAGACACACCUACCCUGCAACACACAAAAUGGCGAUCCAGAGCCAUCUGAGUACACUCUGUAGAACGCCGUACUGCGUAGAGAGCCUCGUCAUCUAUCUCAAUAGUCCCACCCUAGCGGAUGGGACGAUGCUUCUCUGGGAUACAAACCAAGAUGGCAUAGCAAACGUAGACGAGCAGUACACAGUCUCAGAAUUCUUAGAAGACAUCUCGGACUGCAACGCGCGGCACAUCUACAUCAUCGCUGACCAAAGCUUCUCCGGUAGGCUGGUAGAUGCUCUUCAGCUUAGGUCCGACACCCCCCAUCAUGAGAAUGUUGUGGUAUUCACCAGCGGAGGGAGUCUGGAGUACUCAUGGAACAGCGAGUUAACGAAUCGAUGGAUGAACUCUAAUCAUACGACGUUGUGUGUUGACGAAAUCCAUAGGGGUUACGAAGGCACUCUUUCCUCGACGCCCAUCCUCUACGAGAGCUCUCAAAACGCUGCCAACACAACUCUUUUUGGAGCACCCUGUGAUAUGCUUCCCUUCCUUACUCCACAUGAACUCCGCGUCACGUACAUGGGAUGUCAAAACCUUCCCAUGACGCUCUGGUGGUUCCGCUUCCAGUCGACACGAUCGACGCGAUCGACGCAUCGAUAGCAAGACAAAAGGAAGAUUAUUUGACAAGGACUUAUGAUCAGAACAUUUGUGAUCAGAACUUUAUUUGUUUUGUUUCCAGUUUGCUUUUUAAAAGCGAGCUGAAAUUUGAUUACAGAGCUUUCUUCUCAUAAAAAGCUUUCUAAAAGUUUACAACAUGGAGUGUCAGGAGAGGUGACUGGGUCGAAAGUGUAUCGAUCCUGACUCAAGGUGGCGCUGUUCAAGAUCAAGAUUUGAGGAGCAUUUUCUUUCUUAAAGCAUUGAAAAGGAGAACAACAACAAUGUUGUCUUUUUUAAAAGCUUCACUUUCGUAAUAUAUGAGUUGAUAUGAAAGGAUUAUCAUCUUCAUUUUACUAUGUAUUAAUUCUUUUUGUUUUGAAUUCCAUGUGAUUUUUGCACAAAUUCUUAAUUUGGUAUUCUGUGAUUGCUUUUUUGUUCGAAUCAAAAGUUGAUUUUCGGUUUCUUACUUGAUCUCUUUUGAAGUAAAAUAAUGCAAUUACAAAUUUUCCAAUUCAUAGAAUAUUUUCCUUGUUUUGAAAGAGUUUUUCAUACUUUGAGUUGUAUUUCUUCAUUUAGAUUUGUUCUAAACUUGAGUUGCACAAAUUCUUUCAAUUACUUUUUCUUACUAUAAAAACAACCUUCAAUAUUUUUUCUUGCCAUUGAAGGUAGUUGUUCUACUUGGUAUAUGAGUGUUUUAUGGUCGAAAUGAACGUGCUAACCCACGUUUUUUUUCAACCAAAUCUUUUGCAAGAGUGGUCUUGUAUGUUGAGGCAAUGCCUGUUUGUAAAUAAGCAUAUUUAUCAGUGUAAAUGUACAAAAUUAACAACAAAUUAUGAGAGCACAGAUUAUAAAUAACAAUGCUGUAAUUAGAUAUUUUUUUCAAAUUUACUAGACAAGGGUGUGUUUUUAAUGUUGACAAAGGGAACAAAUAUUGAUUUGUUGAACUUUUUACUUCACCUGCAUUUGAUUGAGUUAAAGAAGUUUGUUGAAA